CUGUGUUGAGUUGAAGUAUAAGGAAUCCAUACAACAGUUAUCUCUUUGUGUCCAUCAGCGGCGCAGCAAUCCAGUCCAGUCCAGUUCAGUUCAGUCACCCACUGCGUAUUUUGCACAUUUUGCCACAGAGUAGUGUGAAAUAUUCUGCAGUGUUGCGGCUGGUGCGGCACAAGCAGCUAAAUAUGCAGAUAGCAACAACAUAUCGCAGCAGAUCCAGUGACGAAGCACUCGACGAACAUUUAAAGUUACAGCAACAGCAGCAACGUCAACAAGCAAUGCCAAUGGUAAUGAAUAAUACACGUCGACAUAUUAGCGGCGUUCACAAUAUAGUCUUACCAGCAACACCAGCAACACCACCACCACCGCCGCCAUCAGAAGCCAUGCGGUUGCGUACUGAUUCGAAUGCGACCAGCAUUUAUGUGAUUGGCGCAGACGCAACGUCCAGCCACAAUGGCCCUGUAACGGCUAUCAGCAGCGUUACACAGUCGGAUAGUAAUCCAGCAACAAUGGAACGUAAACAGCGCAAUCGUUUAUCUUGGGUGAAUAUGCGUCGAUUUGGUGAUGCUGAUGCUGAUGAUGCGACUGUGAUGCAUGGUGAGCAUGAUGGUAGAAGCGCUGUGACUAUAACUCCAUCACCACAAACAACGCGCAGUUAUAUCUCUACAGUUUCCACAAUGACAGCCAUAACUGGCACAGGUGGUGGCGGCGGUGGCAGUGGCACAAUUAGGAGUACAAGUGGCGGUGGUGGUGGUGGUCAUAUGGGUAAUGGUAAUGGCACAUUAAGCGGUCGCACAACUGCCGCUUCGGGACGCAUCAGCACUAGUGGUGCUACUACCAUCAGCGGUAGCAACAAUACACUAAACGAUAUAAUAUCCGAUUAUCAUAGUCAUGAGGUGGCUAGCAGUAGUGAUUUUCAUUAUUCCAACACUGUUGUGGCAUCCACACCGCACACGAAGAAUCUUUCGAGCAGUGGCAGCUUUAAUAUGACCAAUGGCAGUACGGUGAAGUUGCUGCCGGUGACGGACGAUGAUUCCAAUCAGCAGACAAAAUGUUCGAUAUUUCGUGGGCUUGUGCUGUGCAUCUGCUUGAAUGUCACCUACGCUAAUAUAGUCCGUUUUCCCAGAGAAUUGGAUAGAUACGGCUCGUCGUAUUUAAUACCAUAUAUAACGCUAUUAUUUCUAGUCGGUUUGCCCAUCAUUCUAUUGGAGAUAUCGGUUGGACAAUUUUUGGGGCAAAGUGCAGCGCAUACAUGGACAGCAUCGCCCAUCUUUAAAGGUGCCUGCAUAAUUAGUCGAUUCGCGUCAUGGCUGUCGACGAUUUGGGUAUCACUGCAAGCGGUCUUGGCGGUGGCCUACAUUGGCAUGUUCAUCUUCAACACCCUGCCAUUUCGGGAGUGUGUGGGCAAUGUGAAGUUGGCGCUGAAUGGCUACACAGUGAUCGGCAACAGCGGUCAAGAAUGUUUGCAGCGCACCUUUUUAACACCAUUCUGGGAGAAUCCAAUGUACUUUGGCAUGCUGGCUGUUGGAUUGAUCGGCCUUUGGAUUGUGGUGAUGUUGUGCACCCACAAUGGCCGCAUUUUGCGCCGCAGUCUCUUCAUCUUCGGCAUACUGGGCUUUCUGCUGCUAUGCUGCGUCACAGGCUGGGAAGUGCACAAUUCGUUCCAGCGGUCCUACUUUCCUGAGCUAUGGCCAUUUGACUCGUCCCUCUUGGUGGACUCCAACAUUUGGUUCAACGCGUUAAUGCAGGUACUCUUCGCCACGAAUUGCGGUUUUGGCGCUCUACCAGCUGUCACCGGCAAAUUCCUCUACAAAGGUGAUGCCGUACGCACUUCGAUCGUGUACCUUUGCUUCAAUUUGCUCAUCAAUGCAAUAGCCGUCACACUCUUUAUGGUACAGUUUGAUCUCUCUGCCAAUAGCGGCUCCAUGAUUGAGGAACUCAAACCACAAACCGCUGUCUACGAUCGCAUUUUGUACGAUCGGCCAAGCAAUGAGCUCAUCGCACGCAUCAUACCCGUACUAAUCUUUGCUUUGAUUGUCAUUUCCGCCAUCAUCGCUAUCACGGUCGCCAUCUACACAGUCACACGGUUGGUGCCACGCCAUCCCAACUACGUCAUCAGCUUGGUGGCGCUUGUCAUGACUAUCAUAUCGUUGGCAGCGCCGAAAUUUAUCAUAGCGCGCAUUUUGGAUACGCGUAUCGUCGGCACAAUCUUAAUUACUGCGCUCGUCUUCGAAUUGAUUGCUGUCUGUUGGAUUUAUGGCGCCAAGAAUAUCUACACCGAUUUAGAAUUCUCAAUUGGGCGACCGAUAUUCAAGGUUUGGAUGUGGCUGUGGUGCAUUUGCCCAGCUAUACUCACCGCCUUGCUGGUGUGGUGGUGUUCCGACGACGAUCAGUACGACCUCUUGGCCGAGUAUGUGCCACGUUGGGCGCCCAUUUUACUCGCAUUAGCCGUCAUCUUCCUCAUUGCUUGCGUGCAAAUAUUCCGACAAGUGGAGUAUAAUUUCUUUGGGAUGAUCUGCGAGGCAUCGAAGGCGGCAAAGGAGUGGGGACCCACUGAUCCGCUGGCGCGUCAUGCCUGGAAGCAAUGGCGUUCGGUGUGCCAAGAUACUGGACGCCGUGAUUUCACGCUACGCCGCCGUGGCACACGCGACUACACGCACUCCAUCAAGAAGGGUCAGUACUCGAACGCCUCAAACUCAAAAUAUGCCAACGGACAUGUCACACAGCAGAAUUGGAAGCAGUCAACAACUGGCAACAGUUCGCCCAACUACAGUGGCUCCAUGUUUGGUGAUUCAGCGAUCGAAGAGGAUAUUAGCGUAGAUAAGUUUCCGGGUGUGGCACAACAGUUCAUGCCCUUCCAGAACAGCGAUGGAAAGCCGUUACGCUAUUCAAAUCGCUCGCGUGCACAGCCGCAACAACGCACUAGCGCGCAACAACAACAGCAUCAGCAUAGAGAGCAGCAAAGACAGCAACACCAGCAGCAGCAGCAGCCGCAGCAGCAGCUGCAUGAGCAUGAAGAGUUGCCUUUGCCCUCACCGCCACCACCGCCGCCACCAAGUCAUGUGCACGCCAUGCGUCCGCCAUCCAUGCACGUGGAGAAGCAUCGCGAGAUUGUCUAUAUACGAAGACUAUCGGAGGAUGGCCGCCAUGCGACACGCAUCGAGAUAACACCGUCCAAUGAGUCCAUUACGUAUGGCAGCACAAAUGCAAUCACAGCCAAUGGGGGCAUGCGCAACCCGAUGGGUCGGCUGAGUGGAAAUGGUACAGCGCAUGUUAAGCGCUCCUCCAGCACCAGCAUGGCCGAACAGAAUCGUCAUUCGGUCGUGAGCGUAGGCGGUGGUGGAGUGCAUGGCGGACAUGGUGGGGGUGGAGGUGGAGGAUUAGGUGGCAAAUUACCACCACCAAAUACGAAUGGCAGCGCGGAUCACAUCUGCUGGCGGAAGUUCACCGUGAAUCCGCAGGAGUACUCCACGGAGCUGUGAGGCGGAAGGCACUGCGUUAAUAAAUAAAUAAGAAAGACAUACAUACAUACAUAUAUGAAUAUACAACAAAAGACUUUUCCGUACCCAAGACAAAUUCGUUAUAAAAUAAUUUGUAGUUACUGUAGUAGCGUAGUGUUAACGAGACAUUUAAAAUAUUUAGUACUUGUAGUUGUAGUAGUGAAAAAACAAAACAAAACACUUAGACAAUUCCAAAUUGUGUUUAAUACAAUAUUUGUCGUAUAGUACUUUAUUUUAAUUUGUUUUUUUUUUUUUUUUGAGUAAGAACAAUUAAAAUAUACAACCACUUAAAUAUAUGUUGAGAAAAAUAUGAAAAAAUUGUAAAUAGUAAUUGAACUAAAAUUAAUGAAUUGAUAUUUUGUAUUAGCUUUAACGAAGGAAGUGCAGAUUAAUUAAACGACUAACACGAAUACAUAAAUAUUUAAAGUAAAGAUAAGAAAUAUUUUUUGAAAAAUUCUGUAACGAAUAUUUAUGUUUGGCGCGAGCGCCCACAAA